AUGGGCCUGUUCAGCCGCAAAGUGGACCGCGAGCCUCGCGAACCACGUCGCAACACCGAUGACGAUGGUCGCAACCUGCAAUACCACACCGAUCGAGGAGCUGAUCUCCCUUACCGAAGUGUGCACGACAUGUCCAGGAAUGCGGCAUCUCGGCCUGUUCAGGACAGACGAGACAUGUAUCCGCAUAGGUACAACAAUGGGGAGAAAAUAUUUGAACACUGGGAGUCGAGAGGCCGUAAUAUGUACGAAGCACCCGCUACUUACGACGAUGACUUCGACAUCAGCAAGAAGUCCGUCUCAAGCAGGAAAUUAGAGGCCGCCCGGACAGCGCAUCGCAACGACAGGGCUCGAAUUACUGGCAACCCGCCAAAUAGCCCUGGCCCGUAUCGAGUUGUUGGACUGCGUGAAGAGGAAGGUGGGGGACCGAGCGGUCUUGGAGUCAUGUAUCAUCCCGAGGGCGACACGAGUGGCUUUCUCAGAGCGCCUCUGGAGCCAAUGAGCCGCGAGGGCCAUCGGGUCGAACUGAGGUACGAGGAUGAUCGCCGGAGCAGUAGCCGGAAGACUACUUGGCCUGCUCGGGACUAUGAUGCUGAAGAUCUUGCCCGUUAUGAGACCCAGUAUAAGCAGGAGAGGAGGCCAAGGAGAAGGUAG